AUGGAGUACAUCCAAAAAAUGAUAAGACCUUUUACAGAUCGCUCUAAUUACUACGUGUCACAGCCCAACUCAUUCAAGAGGAAAGAAUCAAAACACACCCAUGAUCCACAAUAAGUGUUGCUCUAUAUCAAGCAGAUCUUCUUCACUCUGCAAACAUAAUAGGUUAGAUUAAGUGUUCUGAUCAUUUUAGAACGUGAACAUGUCAUUCCUUAAUCCGAAUUAUUUUUCAGAUAUCCAAUCUGAUCUCAAUCCAGAGAUGAGAGCCCAGAUGGUAUUCCUUCCCAUAUAACCUUAAUAGAUAGACGAGGUUCAUAAGUUAUGCACAGCUCACAAGGCUCAGCGAAGAACUUUCCAUCAAACCAUUUAUUUGCUCGAUGUUUAUUUAAGUACAAAUAGAAUAUUUACCGCUCAAAUCGAUUCGAUAUACAAGACAUGCUAUUUUGUCGCGUCCAAAUAUGAAGAAGUAUUUGUCUCUCCCUACCUAGAUCUACCCAAGUCCAUUGUGGAGGUACACCUAUGACAGAGACGAAAUGCAGGAGAUCUUUUAGAUUGAAAAAGAACUGCUCUCUCUCUUGGAUUUUAAGUUGGUUACAGCAUCCUCUUACGUGUGGUUAAACUAUUAUUGGACAAUUAUCAACAUAGCAGAGAAGACUUCCAAUUGGCUGACCUAUUCCUUACUCUUGUUGGAUGUUGCUGUUUACAAUAUCAAUAUCAUCAAAUACGAACCCUCCAAAAUUGCAUGUGCUUCUCUCUAUACCAGUGCCAUUAUGUUAAAUAUUUAAAUGAAUUGGAAUAGUUUUGCAUCACAAUUUGGAUUGCAUUUCCAACAUGAGAUUAAAGUAAUCAUUCGAUUUAAUAAUUUAGGAAAUUUCAAACCUCAUCAUGAUAACAUUAAAAGACAGUGUAAAUUAAAAAAGAGAAAUUGUCAAGCAUAUGUAAUUGUAAAAAGAGAAAGAACUUUUUUGA